CAGCAGUUUGAUUCUAGGUCUCAUCCCCGUCAGUCUAGCUGAUUUUCCUCUUUUUUUUGGUUUUUUCUAUUUUACAAUUUUCUCGCAUUUUAUUUGCCAUAUCUUAUAUAAGCCCUGCAGCUGACCGUUGGAGCAUUGCACAAUCCGGGGCAGCAGCGUCGAUCGAUUUCACACACCGCUGACUGCUGGGCAAGUGACUUCCGGCUUUUGGCCAAGCCCCGAAAAGUGGCCAACUAUAAAUGGCUAUGUUGUUGUCAAAAUGCUGCCACAAAUUUGACGAGAGUGCAACGCGAUGGAUCUGCCAAUUGGAAAGUUAAACGGACUGCUAAAGAUGCAAAUAUUCCUCCUGCAAUUGUUGCUUUUCGUUUCGCCGGCAUUGUUGCAGCAGCCACAUGUCUUUUACCAUCCAAGACAAUUGUAUUACGAUUCACCGCGUCUUCGUCGCUUUGAGUAUGGUGCCGCUGCCACGCCCAUUGUGGGCGGCUAUAGUCCGGCUCCUCCGCCGGCGAUUCACUUUCAGCAGCAGACGCCACACUUUCAGCUGAUUAACUAUCGGCCGAGUUAUCAGCCCUUGGGCUUGGAUUACCAGCAGCAGCAGUUGCCCGCUCCUGCCGCACCCCCUCCGCCCCUGUAUCCGCAGCAGAGUGUCCAGUACCAGCAGCGGACCAUCGCUCCACACGCCGAUUUGGCCAAAUAUCGAUAUGAAGGUAACUAUCUGCCAGUGCAACGGGUUUCGCUGCAGCAACCACAACGCCGCGUCGAGGAGCAACACCAGUUGCAGCAACAGCACUUGCAGCAGCAACACUUGCAGCAGCAGCAGCACUUGCAGCAGCAACACUUGCAGCAGCAACAGCAGCCGCAGCAACUCUACAAUGUGCCACCGGCUCUUUUUACCAGCGAUGUGUUGCAUGUGAUUCCACCUCGCAUUGCCAGAUUGCAGGAGCAGCAGCAGCAGCAACCCUCACAGAAUGUCCAAACGGAAAGACCCAGGAGGUACGCCAAGGAUCUGGACACGGAUGUGGCCGAAACCAGAAGUCCAGCUGACCGAAGUGCCAAGGAAACCAAGUACUUUCAUGACAUUUUCAUGCGCUUUGAUGCACCCGAUUCGCGGAGUCAUGGCCACGUCCUGAAGCAUCCGAAGGCCCAGGAAAAGCGAUUUGAAUCCCAGCGAGGCACGAAUCGUUACAAGGGCGAGGUGAUUUGGACAGAUCGUCAAGGAGGUCACGGCGAACAUCGUUGGGACAUGGCGCAGGGAAAACUCUGAGAUCAGACCUCGAUUUGCAUACUCCAUAACAUUUUUCCCAUCCCCCCCAAAAACUCUCUGUACAUACCCAUGCGAACUCGCAUAAAUCGUGACUUUUCAU